UCCAACCCCAGUCUGGCAGUCUCCCUCCCCCCAAAUCGAAGCGAGAAAUUCCCCAAAAAGCUAUCCCAUUUUCCUUUCCAGCCGAGCCACCGGCGCCGCAGCCGCAGCCGUGCCCGCGCCCGCGCGAUGCCAAACGCGAUCCCGGCCUUCUUCCGCGCCUCGCCGGGCGCGGCGUCGGGCUCCGGCGCGGGGGCGGGGCCCAGCCUCGCCACCUCCGUCUACGAGACCCGCCUCGGCCUGGCGGCGCUCUCCUGGUCGCGCGCCGCGUUCGGGCUCAGCCUCCGCGCCGUGCUCCGCGUCGGGGCGCUCGCGUCCUCCUCCUCGGCCUCCGACUACGGCUGCUACGACGACGGCCCGGAGUUGGACGAGGAGGCCACCAUCGCCGUGCGCGUCCGGCCCUGGCUCUUCUGGCGGCGCCGGGGGUCCAAGCGGUUCCACGUGCACGACCGCCGGAUCGACCUGGCGUGGGACCUCACGCGCGCGCGCUUCGCCUCCCCCGGCUCGCCCGAGCCGUCCUCCGGCUACUUCGUCGCCGUCGUGGUCGACGGCGAGAUGGCGGUCGUGGCCGGGGACAUGACGGAGGAGGCGUACCGGAAGACCAAGGCCCAGCGGCCGACGGGCCCCGGCCACGUCCUCGUCUCCCGGCGCGAGCACGUCUCCAUGCGCGACGGAGGGCAUGGCCGCGGGCACAAGACCUGCGUCAAAGUCCGCGGCAAGGAGCGGGAGAUCUCGCUGGAUCUCGUCUCGCGCGGGCACGGCAAGGAUAGGGAAAUGGACAAGGACAAGGACAAGGCCGAGGUCGGCCUGUCGGUUUCCGUGGACGGCGAGCGCGUGCUCCACAUCCGCCGCCUGCGCUGGAAGUUCCGCGGCAGCGAGAAGGUCGACCUCGGCGGCGGCGACCGGGUCCAGGUCUCCUGGGACCUGCACAACUGGCUCUUCUCCGCGCGCGAGCCGGCCCUCACAGACGCCGCAUCCGUCCUCGCCGCGGCGUCCCCGCCUGCGCACGCCGUGUUCGUCUUCCGAUUCGAGCUGGGCGACGCCGGCGGCGAAGAGCGCGACUCCGCGGAGGCCAAGGAGAAAGAGCUGCUUGACAAGGCCAGGAGAGGCGGCGCCGGCGUCUUGUCAGGGUAUCUCGGGAGAUGGGGCAGAGGGGACUGGAGCGAGACCAGCAGCAAUGGGGAGAACCGGAGGAAGAGGGGGCAGGCGCGGAGGCUGGCCAAGGCAAGCUCAUCGUCGUCAGCAUCCGUUGCAUCAUCCUCAGCUUCAUGGGCGAGCAGCUCGACGGUCAUGGACUGGGCCAGCCCCGAGGAGGCCGAGCUGCACCGCGGCGAUGGCUUCUCGCUCCUUGUCUACGCCUGGAAGAGCUAGCUAGCCAGCCACGACGGCGUCGGCGGAAGCUGCCGGCCGGCCGGCGGCAUUGUUACAUUUGAUUGAUGAUUGGUUCUUCAUUCAGUGGGAGCUUCAUCUCCCGAUUGUUGUAAGUUGCAGUUGUUCUCCGAGCAAAUGUUCUUGUGCAGUUUUGAGUGCUGAGCUGAUAGAAUUGUUCAUUACAUCACAAUAGCCAAGGAUUUUCAACAGCUAGAUGAACCAUAUUACGACCUGUUUCCCGUCAAAUUCAAAUUUAGGUGGCAUAUUGCUGGAUUCUGUUAA